AUGGGCGAGUACUCGAAAGCGCUUUCAUCGUACGAAAGAUCACUUGAAAUCUUCAAAAUAGCUCUCCCUCCAAAUCAUCCCGACUUUGCUCAACCCUACAACAACAUCGGUAUGGUGUAUGAUAAGAUGGGCGAGUACUCAAAAGCACUUUCAUCGUACGAAAGAUCACUUGAAAUCCAAAAAAUAGCUCUUCCUUCGAAUCAUCCCAACUGGGCUGGUCCCUACAACAACAUCGGUAUGGUGUAUGAUAAGAUGGGCGAGUACUCGAAAGCACUUUCAUCGCUAGAAAUAUCACUUGAAAACCUUAAAAUAGCUCUUCCUCCGAAUCAUCCCUUAUUGGCUACUUCCUACAACAACAUCGGUUUAGUUUAUUAUCACAUGGGCGAAUAUUCAAAAGCAGUUUCAUCGUACGAAAGAUCACUUGAAAUCCGAAAAAUAGCUCUUCCUCCGAAUCAUCCCGACUUUGCUCAAUUCUACAACAACAUCGCUGUGGUGUAUGAUAACAUGGGCAAGUACUCGAAAGCACUUUCAUCGCUAGAAAGAUCACUUGAAAUCCAAAAAAUGGCUCUUCCUUCGAAUCAUCCCGACUUGGCUGCUUCUUACAACAACAUCGCUUCAGUGUGUGAUAAGAUGGGCGAGUACUCGAAAGCACUUUCAUCGUACGAAAGAUCACUUGAAAUCCAAAAAAUAGCUCUUCCUCCGAAUCAUCCCAACUGGGCUAGUUCCUACAACAACAUCGCUUCUGUGUAUUCUCACAUGGGCGAGUACUCGAAAGCACUUUCAUCCUAUGAAAAAUCACUUGAAAUCCUCAAAAUAGCUCUCCCUCCGAAUCAUCCCUUAUUGGCUACUUCCUACAACAACAUCGGCUUGGUUUAUUAUCACAUGGGCGAGUACUCGAAAGCACUUUCAUUGUACGAAAGAUCACUUGAAAUCCGAAAAAUAGCUCUUCCUCCGAAUCAUCCAGGCUUAGCUACUUCCUGCAACAGCAUCGGUAUGGUGUAUUAUCACAUGGGCGAGUACUCAAAAGCACUUUCAUGGUUAGAAAGAUCACUUGAGAUUUUGAGAAAGUCAGUGUCUUCUACUCAUCCUGAUUUGGUACUUGUGAAAAUAAUCAUUGAAAAUUUAAGAAACAGAUUUUAG